UGAGGUUCAUAUCUCAGGAGCAUCAAGAUUUUUUGCGGCACAAGCAUCUUACCAGUAGUGAUCUGUAUAUCCAGGUUUAUAACAUGGAGACAGGUUCCAACCUCGACAUGGUUAACAACGCGAUUCUAGAUGAUGACGAAUUAUUUAAUAUUCUGAACUGCAGUGAUGCUGAAUUGUCAGACGGUGAUGAUGAUAUUCUAAAUGAAUUUAUGGAUAAUUAUGGUGAUGAAAAUGUUGAAGUUACAUUUGAUGAUAUGGAAGACAACCCUCAAAAUGACAUUCCAGUCCCGGUAGUACAACCAAAUCUCCAAGAACCCAGGGAAAUGAAAUGGAAAGAUAUGAAGAUGCCUAUGAAAGAGAUUCCUGUUGAUGAAAUACUGAUGGCAGACUACAAAGAUGAGAAAGAUUCCAGGGAGGCCUUUUUCGAAUACUUCCCACUUGAAUUUUGGGAGGAUGUGGCACAAAAUACGUGCUUGUAUUCUGUACAAAAGCGAGACCACCGAUCUGUGAACACUGCUGCAGAAGAAAUGAUUAAUUUCGCCGGAAUUCAUAUGAUGAUGGCGUGCUUACGUUUUCCACAAAUGAAAGUGAAUAGUAUUAGGAUGUGCCCCUUGAACGAACUAGAGACCUGA